AGAGCUCACACCCCGGAAGCGGAAGUCCAGAGGUCAAGCUCGUCAUUUCCUUCGGAGAGAGUGGCUCAACGGACCUCUUUUCUUUUGCCCGACCCGAGUCGCAGAAUGAAAGAGGUGAAGAGCGAGCGGGAGCGGCGGAGCCGGCGGAGGCACCGGGAGGGGGACGUGGCGGCGGCGGCGGCGGCGGCGGUGGUGGUGAAGCAGGAGCGCCUCAGUCCGGAAGCCGAGCCGCCCGCCCCCCGCCGGCCGGACCUCGGCGCUACUCCGUCCCCGCCGGCCGGCGAGCCGGGCCGCCCUGGCCACCGCGGGAGCAGAGCCCGGGGAGAGAGCCGGUCUCCAGCCAAAAAGAAAAACAAGUCCUCGGGGAGAAGAAGCAAGUCUCCUCGGAGCAAGAGAAGUCGGAGUCCUCACCACUCGGCAGUCAAAGUGAAGCAGGAACGUGAGGAUCAUCCCCGGAGAGGACGGGAGGAUCGGCAGCACCGUGAAUCAUCGGAACAGGAACACAGGAGAUCUAGGAACAGUGACCGAGACAGACACCGGGGCCAUUCACGCCAAAGGAGGAGCUCCGCCGAGAGGCCUGGAAGUGCACAGGCUCAGGGACGGGACCGAGACCUUCAGACCCUGCAGGCUCAGGAAGAAGAGCGGGAGUUCUACAACGCCAGGCGUCGUGAGCAUCGCCAGAAGAAUGAAGUCAGUGCAGGUGGUAAUGAGUCACAGGAGCUGGGUCCCCGGCCUGCUGGCAAGAAAGAAAAAGUGGUGCCUGUUAAAGAAAAACCAAGCUUCGAACUUUCUGGAGCACUUCUUGAGGACACCAACACCUUCCGGGGUGUCGUUAUUAAAUACAGUGAGCCCCCAGAAGCACGUAUCCCCAAAAAGCGGUGGCGCCUCUACCCCUUUAAAAACGAUGAGGUACUUCCCGUCAUGUACAUCCAUCGACAGAGCGCUUACCUUCUGGGGCGACACCGCCGCAUCGCCGACAUUCCGAUCGAUCAUCCGUCGUGUUCCAAGCAGCACGCCGUCUUUCAGUAUCGGCUUGUGGAAUACACCCGUGCUGAUGGCACAGUUGGCCGAAGGGUAAGGCCAUACAUCAUUGACCUUGGCUCAGGCAAUGGAACCUUCUUGAACAACAAGCGUAUUGAGCCACAGAGAUACUAUGAACUGAAGGAAAAGGAUGUACUUAAAUUUGGGUUCAGUAGCAGAGAGUAUGUUUUGCUCCAUGAGUCAUCGGAUACCUCUGAACUAGACAGGAAAGAAGACGAGGAUGAGGAGGAGGAGGAAGAAGCCGUUUCCGACAGCUAGCAAACUAAGAAACAACCCAAGCUAAAAAGACUCCUUUUCCUUCGUGGAAGGCGUUUGGAUUGACUCAGAGAGCACUGUGGUGCACUCCGUAAUGCCUCUUGUUGCCUUAAGUCUUUACUCUGUUGCUGGCCAGCUUAUGUUCAAGUGUAAGGACACUGACUUGGGUUUUGAUGAACUUUCCUCUGGCACCUCAGCCACAAGCCUGUGGGCAUUUGUUUUCAGAACAGUCUCACCGAUUAAAACACCAUGUUUUGGUAGAAGCGUUGUGGCUUUAGUUGGUGCUGCCUUGGAAAUGAAACCCUUGGCUAGAGGGGAAUCUCAGCUUGUUCUUUUUGUACAGGUACUUUAUUUAUACAGUGGUGAAGCUUCGUGGGCCAGGUGUUUCUGUUCCUGAGCAGUGACUCUUAGUGAGCUUUGGUUAUCACAGCAGCCUCCAUGUGCACCAAAGCUUUGACCUGGUUGAGCUCUUGAGUCAUAGAAGUUUAUUUUGCACUUAGUUUUUUGGGGGUGGGAAUCUACCACAUGACCUCAUUCCUGGCUGUCAAACAAAUGCUUCAUGGCCCCUGCUUAAGUGUAGGACUGUCUAGGAAGAUCAUGGCUGCUACCAGCGGGUGCUGGUUUAAGAACAUGUGAGGCUGGAAUGGGUUGUGGAUCCAUUUCCUUUGAGGGAAUUCCUGAUUUCCCCAUGGAACGUGUACAUAACAAUUUUGAUCAUCUUUUCUGUUCUCCAGGUUUGUGUUUUUAUUCAAUUGUUACCUCUUUGUUUUUUCUUCUUUGAGAAAGAAUUUACGCCAUUUAUGUGGCAGGGCCCUUGCUUUAUUCUAACAAUGUGUAUGUAUUUCUGAAGGAGGGUGUGUAGCCUCCAUGUUUCUACACAUUUUAAAAAGUCACUCAGAGAGGUGGUAUCUGCCUUCCCGAGACUGGAAAGCAAGAGGAAUGCCCGAUUUCCUGAUUUCCCACCAGAGGAAUACGUGUGAGUAGAGAAGUAUUGACUGCUUACAUACAGUGUGUAUGUGUGUGUAUAUAUAAUAUAUAUAUAUAUAAAUUGUGCGUUAAAGAGCUGCGUACUGAUUUUCAUAUGACAAGGUUUUGUGAUAAAAUGUAAUACCACAUGAUAGGCAAAGGACUUCCUGCAUUUGAAGAGCAGGUUUUCAUUUAUAUGUAUUUUUGGGAUAAAAAAUAAUAAAAUUUGUAAAUAUA